UUGUUUCAACAACAAAAAAAGCUUACCUCUUGUUCAAAUAAUCACAACACUGGUGUUGGAAGUGUGUAACUGUAAGCUACUUGUCGAACCCUUUUCCACGCUUGUAUCCACUGGACUGCCUCUAUACCGCGUCGCGGCCUUUGUAGCACAAGUCAUCCCCCCUGUUCGUGUUGGUGACAACUGCGAUCGUUUUGACUGUCUUCAAAAUCUGUUUGUGUGAUGGCUGAUACAAGUUUAUUCAAUAUUGUACACGACAAUGCUACAGAGGAGAAGGAUCUUGUUCUCCCCGGAACAGAGCCAAUGAAACCUGUCGUAGAUUCUAUUCUGGAGACACCAAAGCCUGGAUUCUGCGUAAAAACUCGAUCAGAAGACGGUCAGAAAGUGUUCCUGAACAUUUGUACGUCAGAUAAAAUAAACGAACCACCCGAUAUCAGCGAAACUGAAUUGCAGAGAAUUCUGGAGACGGAAGAUGUGGGAAAAUUCCGUGUUCCGCUCAGUGCAGGGCCUCCGCAUGCAGAGGUCGACAAAUCUGGCGCAGCAUGUACUGCAUAUGACCUUGUUAUUCACCCAAGCUUCUGUACUAAAGUGCGGCAACAAGAAGCAUUCAUGCAAUUUCUGCUUACUGCCAUUCUAACCAUCAUUGAGCAGAAGCAUGAUGUCAAGCUAAGUUAUGAGUCGUGUGUACUCUUGAAGAAUAAGCAACACCUUGGCCGCCUUGAACCUCAACUUAUGCGUAUGACAAAGAAACCAUUUGUGGUGGAGCUCGAUUCACAGACAUCAUCCAUAGAGCGUUAUGAGCAAGCAGGGAACGCGUACACCCAACUUCCAUGCAAGAAGUGCAUUACUGUGGAGCCGCAGGAAGGGCAGCCGGAGUUUGUGGUUGUUGAGGUUGAAUCGCAGCACAUGAAGUCCGUCAAGUGGUUGCAGCUAGAUAUCGGCGAAGACCGCAUUGAAUUGCUGGUACGACCGGGUGGCUACAGACUCGAUCUUGAUCUUCCACAUUGGGUGUAUGCCGAGCAGGGCGGCGCUCAGUUUCAUUGCCAAACUAAGACGCUUACCAUCACGUUACCUGUGCAAGCGGGUGAAGGUUGACACGCUCCUUUGUGGCAUAGUUUGCUACCACCACCGCCACAAAUGUGUCGAUUGGAUUUGGCCACGAGCUUUUGAGCAAAUGCCAACGUAAAAGUGAUGAUCUUCAUGAGUGUGCGUAGAUGCAUACUGGUAUUGCCCCUCGGUACUCCAAUGUCCGUGUUACCAAAUGGCCAUCCAGGCCUCUGCAACACUCGUCAACUGCAAGCCUAGGGCUGUGUUGAUCAUUUGCAAAUUGGCAUCAGCAUGGCUGGCCAUGCUCAGCGUCCGCUAUAGCCAGCCAUCGACACAUCUUCAGCAUGUUGAUGUAUACCACUACAAACACGUCGACUGAAGUACAGCUACGACGGAAAGAAUGAUGAAGUUGACUUCUGGCAGGAAGCCAUUGAAUACCGGACUGUAGAUGGAAACUUAUGCUCCUUGUGUUACUGUUAUAUUUUGCAUCUCGUCCCAUAGUGAGCAGUAGCCCAGCAGCCAACACUUAAUGCUCUAAUUACUUGUGAGAAUUAUGCGAUUCGUGCAGUGGGGGGUGAAGAAGAACAUUUGCGCAAUGUCUCAUUUCCUGAAUAGAUUAUAAUAUUAUUUUCACAGAGAAAGUCCCUGUCUGAGUUGGUCUGUACACAAUGACAAGCCCCCGAAAAGAGAUGGGAAACCAGCGAGUUGAUACAGAAUCACCCCGGCACAAGCAAGGCUGCAACAGCUACAACACGAGAGCUGGGUGUGCUAAUAUAAUAAUAAUAUUAACAAUUUAAACUCUGUGCACCAGCGAUGAAAUACGCCAAGAAACUAUUUAAAAAGAGGCGUUUAUUACCGCUUGCGUCCCAGACUUUACAAAAUCAUAAAGGAAGUGUAGUGCCACAUUGCUCUGCCACCGCGAAUGCUGUUCACAUCAGCCACGUUCUAAUGGGCUAGAGCUAGAGGCUAUGUAUAGUCUUGCCACGCUGUAGCAGCACACUGGUGUAUCAUUCCUACACAGUGCACAACUAGCACACGCACGGCUGGCACUGGCAGUAGCUACAAUAAUGUUUUUUUUAUACACAAGACAAACAAGGCAAGAAGACGCGAAGAGACAACAUUAUUAUACAAAAAGAUGUCAAGAUUCCAAAGUGAAAGCAGUCAGCUUGUGAGUGGCACACCGGCUACGUAAUGACGAACAGCAGCAGCACUCAAGUAACUAUAAUGUUAUGUACACUAAACACCAGGAUCAGGAGUAUAGCUUGUGCUAUGUGUGCUCCAGCUCGUGUGGUUCUAUGACGGGACGAUCCGUCUUGAUGGACUUCUUGGCUUUGUCACGAGACAUUGGCUUGCGCAUAUCUAGGAAAGGAGGAGUGAGA